AUGCCGGCGUACUGUAAUGCCGGCGUUCAGGUUUUCUUCAGGCUCUGGCUUAUAUCUUGGCUCUGCUCCGCUCAAGCGUCUAGACAAGAGGAUGGUUCAGGAUGCCCGCUUUUUGUGUCCCGGAUCGUCAACCCCACACUCCACGAGGGCUAUGGGGUCCAGACUGGAGCGAAGCUGGUCGUUCUGAGCGAAGACGCCUUCCUCGGUGGGUACUCCAGAGUGGAGUCUUACACCUGCGAAGAACAUGACGUCAUCGACACGGCUACUAACACCACACCAGCGGCAUGCGCAAUGGCGUGCACAGCCCACGGAAGCUGUGAGGCAUUCGUGUACAUCCGGGGCCUGGGGAGCUGUAGCCUCCUCCCUCUGUGUGUACUGCAGCAGAAUGCCGACAGCGUCGCGUAUCUGAAAAUGCUUUGCGGAUCUACGCUGACCGUGCUAACCCGCGACCGAAAGUUUUACUCGAACAACCCUUACGAGAAUUUCGAGAACUGCAGCAUCGUCCUGAAGGCACCCGAUGGCUACGUGCUAACAAUGACUGUUAGUGAUGUUGAUAUUGUCAACGGGGAUUACUUGGAGGGACGUUUGUUAAGUCUCAUGCAAGACUUUGUUUUGAAAGAGUUCUGCCCUUACGGCUGGUGGGCAUACGGGGAGUCUUGCUACUACAUCAGCCGAGUUCCGACUACGUACGAGACAGCCAAGACGUCCUGUCGUAACAUGGCGGCUCAUCUUGCUGACGUCAGCUCAACAGACGAGCACAUGUUUAUAUCCCGUCAUGCCACUGUGAAACCAGGAGAGGCAUAUUGGAUCGGCCUCAAAUACCGACAGGUUGAAAUGACUGCUCGCACUGGUGCAGAUCAUAUAACAGCUGAACAGGCAUACUUCGACUACUUCACAUUGGUUCCAGUCAUGACGGACUUUGUCAAGAUAACUUUAUUGACCGUCUACACUCAAUUCAACAAUGGCUUUCUGGAAGUUCAAUUUAUUACGGCUUUUCCAGACGCUUACGAGCUGAACUAUGCACUUCGACGGUUCAGAGCGAAGAAGAACACGGCAUCUCCGGUCGGUCUCCAGACCCUAUCACUGACUGCUUCCCUGGCCCAGUGUGCAGCCGCCUGCCUUGAAGGGAUACUGUCUCCGUGUUACUCCUUCAACUACUUUCAUGGAAACCGCACAUGUCAACUGACAGACCAUCUGACUACUGGAGCCGAUACUGUACCCUCUGUUGGCUCCGAUUUUUACCACCAUAACGUUCAAGGUUACCGUCUCACUAUCUGGGUACCGGGAGAGAGAUGCAUGUGCGUGCGACAUCGACUUGUCUCACCACCGUUGGUGCCCGUGAACUGUGAUUCCAGUCUGUCGGACCAGACGUGGCUACACACGCCAAACGGUGCAUUCAUGAACGUACAAACCAGGCAGUGUAUGGAGAUUCUUUCUACCAACGAUGUCGUCAUGUCGCCUUGCGAUCCACUAACAGCCAGCAAAUACUUCACACUUAAGGACCUCUCUGUGUGGCAAGUUGACGGAAGAGACGUCUGUCUGGGAGAACAUUCGGGAAGGGUUCAGGUGGUUGGAUGUAACAUCGAUCCCAGCAUGGCGGCAAUCGUGACGCGAAAAGAGUUUGAGGACUUUGUUGAGUCUGACCCCACACAAUCGUCCAUGUGUGAGGUCAAAUUAAAAUUAUGCCAGAUAGGAGAUGGUGUAUCCUACCGUGGAACAGUGUCUGUGACCGUAACAGGCAAGACGUGUCAGCGCUGGGACAGUCAGACACCUCAUAGUCACGAUACUACACCUGCUAAUUAUCCCUCAAGCGGGCUGGUGAACAACUACUGUCGGAAUCCUGGCGACUGGACCGGGGUGUGGUGCUACACCACGGACCCCAGCACGAGAUGGGAGCUAUGUGCCGUACCAGUAUGUGGAACGUUGGAGCAGCGUCGGGUUUGCGAACGCGAAACAUUGUCCAUUCAUUGUCCUGCUGGACAACAGAUCAACAUCGUGUCCGCCCUGUUCGGUCGGACCUCCAGUGAGUAUUGCUCGGACGGUCCCAUCUACACCACCAACUGCCGCAGUCCCCACAGCCUCGCUCGGGUCAGGACCAGCUGCCAGGGGAAGCCCAGCUGCUCGGUGCAGGCCUCAUACAGCGUGUUCGGGGAUCCUUGUGUUGGCACGGGCAAGUACUUGGAAGUCAAGUUUACCUGCAUAGCAAAACGGCGUGCCCUGGAGACUGUCAUUGUGCUGGGAUAA